AUGUCUAACACUCAAAUCGACAACACCGCUGAGCUCAAAAUAUGGCAACAAAAUCUUAACACCUCUCUUGUAGCGCAAGAAUCUCUGCUCAACAGCCCCGACAUCUUAGACUGGGACAUCCUAAUCCUCCAAGAACCUCAUAUCAAUUUCCUUCGCAACACGCGUGCCAACCAUCGUUGGCACGUAAUAUAUCCUACUAACCAUUAUACUAACCCCCAACAGCGCACUCGAGCAGUAACACUAAUCAAAGCCUCUCUAGACACCAACAUGUGGCAGCAGCUCUCCUUCCCAUCCUCCGACGUGGUCCUGGUUCAACUCAACGGCACAUACGGCAAAUGCACUAUAUUCAAUAUAUACAACGACGGUACCCAUCAUGACACCCUACGAUUAAUCGACCAG